AUGUUCUUUCCCACUUCACCCAUUUACGCCAAGAAUCCCUCGAAGUCAGCUACUACCAUUAUGACCACCCCUUCGCUCUCACAAGAGCGGUCACAUUCUCAUACGAGGAAUCAUCUCGGCGCAAAUGCAUGUGAAAGUAGAGCGACUACGUCGUUUGUAGCGGAUAUUCCUCCGUCUUCCAUAGACGACGGGUACUUUGCCUUUGCCGAGAUCAAGGACGACAUAUGUCUCGUUCAAGUAUCAUCAUCGACGCCCAUAACGCCCUUGACAACUAUCGAUAUCAAAAUAUUUCGUCAUGAAUUCAUCACCAUCUUUCGGUUACUGGAGGCCACAACCUUGCAUCCCGGGGAUGUACGUAUCCUCGAGACAAUAGAUGACCGUCUCAAGUGUUACGAGGAGGAAAAGGAGACGGUGUAUCUGGCCAAGGAGGUUGUUGAGAGGAUGAGGAAGCUGUCGUUCCACUCUCUCCCACACCCUGGUCAGUUCAGACCGCGCACGAGGAUAGCUAGGACGCUCCCGAUAAGCAGAGGGUGCGCUCUACGGUGA